AUGGCGACGGACGCGGCUGCGGAGGACUUUGUCACCAUCGUUCCGGUUGGCGAAGGUCGACCGUCUCCUCGAGACUCGUCUUUUGUCACGGUUCUUACGGUGGGUGCAGUGGCCGGUGCGGCAGAAGUAACCGUUCGACGACCACGUGGAGAGCGGUUAGGACUAGGUCUCAAAUUUGAAGGUGGAUCAGUGGCUGCUGAGAAUGUACGUAGGCUUUUAGUUCAAUCAUGUGCGGAAAAUAGUCCUGCAGCAAACGCUUCUGCUCCAUGGGGAAAACUUAUACCAGGAGAUGAAAUAUUAGCAAUCGAUGGAGAAUCGGUAUCGAACUUAACAAGAAUAGAUUGUGUUCGACGACUUAAAGACUCUGAUGAGACUUUAACAUUACUUGUGAGACAUUUUGAACAAGAUAGUAAAGUGGAACAAAGCAAAAUGGUUGUACCUGAUUCUGUUUCAAAUACAAAACAAUCAACAGAAAUAGUGCGCCCAACUUCUUUGCCACCACCUGUACCUCCAAGGAAACUUGGAAAAAAAAACUCUUUCAAAGACAAACCCACUCCUUUAUCUAUAGCUGAUCAAAACCUUUCUAACAACAAUGAAUCUAUAAUUGAUGGUUUGUUAAACAGUAAACAUAACGGUAUUUCUAACAUGACUAAAUUGUCCAGAAAGUCUUCAUUCGAUAGUCAUAUUCAUCGCCAAACUAAAGAAGGUAUCGCUUAUCUUAAAAAAGGUUCUCCAGAAGAAGUACGACGAUUAGUACGACGUUUGUCUGAUGGCAAAGCUAUGCCUCCCGAUGCGGAAGUGUAUAUUGACUUAUUAUCAACAGAAUGGGAGCGAUGUUUGGUUUUAGCUGAUGCUGAAUCUGAUGACACAGGUAGCUCUAUAUCCACCGUUGUGGAUAGAUUAGGAUCUAUGGCUAGUUCUGUCGAGAAUAGCAUUCCUUCUACUCCAACCAUGCAACCUAAAACUAUAGAUAUACAAAAAGUUCUUAACUGCAUCGAAAAUAUUGACACAAAUAUUUUAAAAGACAUGACUAGUAAAAGGUUCUUAGAAAAGCAAAUUGAUAUAAACACAGAGUCCAAGCUAACCGAAAAUAAUGGUGCUUCCAAUGGCAUUCACAAUCAGGAAAAUACAAAAAUACACACGUUUGUUACAGAAGAGUCCACUAUUAUGAAAAAAAACUCACAAAAUGAUAAAAAUAAUAAUAGUUCAAUAAUAUCAAACACAAUGAUCAAUGGAGCAAUGGAUGUAACACAAUUAAAUCAAACAAAAAAAGUAGACAGUAAAGUAGAAACGUUUACAGUUUUACCUAAACCUAUGCCAAGAAACACCAAAGUUGAACGAUCUGCCAGCGAAAAGAAGUCAAGACCAAUACCUGUACCAGAAACACCGCCUCCGCCUCUUCCAGAGUCCUUAUUAACUCCGACAAAAAAGAACUGCAUUGAGUCUUGGCUACAGCAUUCAGAAGCUGAAAUGAAUAAUAAAACUGAUGAAAAACCCGAAGAGAGUUCUAUACCAGAAAUGUUGCCUCGUCUGAUUGAUUUUGUGCCAAAACAUCAGUUCAAAGAGAAUAGUAAUGAAACACCAUUAACACGACCGACAACCGCACCGCCCCCACCACCCACCGAAACCAGAGAAGAUGGUUCGGGGGCAUCACUAGACACUAUUGGAGAAUUGGAUGAAUCAGCUGACGUCACCGACAAUGUGAAAACUGUUGAACCUGUAAAGAAGAAUGAGCGAAAGUCGUCAUUUGAAAGAACAUUCUGGGAAGAUCGUGUCAACAAGAGCGAUGCUGAAGAUAAAAGUCUAUCUAAUGACGAAACACCCCUGCCGUCUUGUCCCCGACAGCCACCUGACGGAGUAGAGACUCCUUGUGACGCUGUAGAAAAAACACCUGAAUCAGUAUCCCGGAUGCCACCUCGUCUGCCUGCCGGUUGGCCAGGUUCGCGGCCACGAUUUUCCUAUGCCUCUAGAAAGCAAGAUGCUCGAAGCGAGGCAAGUGUUAAAGAUAAAAUUGCAAUGUUUUCAAAUGACUUAGCAACAUCUUCAGAUCGACUGGAUAAAUGUGGCACUUUACCAACGAGGAAUUCUUUGGCUGUGAGAAAGAGUUCCGCCUUAUAUACUAAUAACUAUAGUGACACGUCUUCUUUAGAUAGACGGUUGACAAAAUCUCAGGAUAACCUAGAUGAAUUACCUCGAUCAUACAAAAGACACACGGAAAGACCGGAAGUUUUAGGCAGCAUUGAGCGGACGUUACCUACGUCAAAAUAUAGUUUAACUAAAAGCAGCAAUACAUCUCUAUAUGCAGAUAGUAAACCUUUAUUUUAUGGAAGUACUACAACAUUACCCUCAACUCCAGAUCCGGUGUUUGCUAAAAAUGUAUAUCACGUUCGAAGUGUCAGUGAUGACAACGGAAAUAAAAACAUAUCGACACGUAUAUCAAACUUGGAGAAUAUAAUUGAACAAAGGAAAAAGUCAAUGUCCAAAUUAAGAGACUUGGUGAUACCUGAAGUGCAGACUAAAAUUGUGGAUCUACCAGCAAUCAAAGUUCAAGAUCCUCUUUCCAAAUCAUUCUUACUAAAGUCAAAUCAAAAUAGUACUAACACUAAAGUCAUUAAACCAAAUAAUUCACAAAAUUCUAAACCAUUAAAUAUAAAUGAUACUAAGUGGAAGACCGAUCUACUUCCCAAUAAUUUGCCUAAAUAUUCUCCAGCUUUCAAACGUAAAUCACUUCAAGUUUAUACGCCUCUAUCACUUUCAAAAGAAUCUACACCAGAACCUAAUUAUAAUGACAGAAUAGACCUUUUGAACAAAAUGACUUAUAAGUCAAAUAGUAUUAAACGCCACAAUUCUUCAUUAAGUAAUGGGUCAAUAAAUAGGUUUUCAACAACAAGCUCUACAGGUCCAUCUAAGCCUACGACAACGGAGACAAUAAAUGUAUCUAGAAAAGACCACAGUAUCUUAAAUUACAUCCGAGACUAUAAAAACGUUGACAUUAAAAUUUGCACAGCUACAGACGUAGUAGAUAGUGAUAAUGAUUCUGCAAUGAGUUCAACACAGUCUAGUUACCGAUCUUCAGCUUCUUCUCCAAUGCAUAAUACAGAAAAUGUCGAAUCUGACAGUUCACGCCUGUCACCACGAACGUCUCACUAUGCAGCAUAUUCUAUAUUUAAGUCUGAUAUUAUUAAUAAAACAAAUCCAACCGACAAAAACCCCGAGGAAUAUAUUAAACGUAAUAUUUGUCGCUCCGUAUCAUCCGAUACAAAUGUAUCUCUCAGUUCAUCGGCAGGUUCGGCUGCUACUUCUGGAUCGCAAGCGAGUUGUAGUUCUCUUGAAAGUUCUGUCGCUGACUCAGACAAGAGAAAAGUUUCGAAGUCGUAUAAUAUAGAUACGAUAAAUAGACGCAAUAUUUUGGCAUCUGCAAAGUGUAGGAGUGGUCGAGAUGCUAAACUCAAAUCGCCCGUUGUUGAAACUAAAUUCUCGCACGAGUCCUGCGACAGGUCUCCGAGUCCAGUACACAAAACGUCUGAACGCCUUUCUACACUCACGCCAUCGGUGAGUGUUGUGUCGAAUAAAGGUGAAAACAGACGGCGAAAUAAGAUUAUUGCCGAAUCUGAUUCAGACAGCGAUAGUGACGAUAAUGUUUGGCAAAGGAAAAAUGAUUUCAAGAAUACUCGGCUAAAACGAAAUUCCAGUUCAUUAAGUAAAACAAAGCAUUUUGAUAUUCCCGCAGAAACUCCUAAAAUUGAGGAUGGUCCUAAAAUUAUAUCAGACAAAAUCAUAAAAGAAAUUCAAAAAGCUGGUCUUGAUAACUAUAACAGUAAUAAGACGUUAAAUUUAACAGAGAAAAAUGAUUUUGUGAUCAAGAAAACAGACAGUGUGUUGAUUAAAAAUCAAGAAAGAAAUAGAAAAUUUGAUGUUAAUGAAUAUGAUAAAACAAAGGAUAUUGUGGAUGGUAGAGCUACUAUAAAACUAAAUAGAGAAAAAAUAUUAGAACCAAGUAACGAAACCGAGAAUGUAAUACUGACUGAUACACCGAGUAAAGGUCCCGUUAAGGAAGUAAAAACAGCGACUCAAACCAUCAGGCUCGUACGUGGUGCUGGUACAGGUGUAGGAGUCAUUUUGGCCGGUGGAAUUGAUUGUGAAGCGAAAGAUGUCACGGUUCAUAGAGUUUUAGCAGAUAGCGUAGCAGCUAAGGCGGGGCUGAAAAGAGGUGUGAAAGUCAGAAGUAUUAACGGGUCGACAACGGCAGGCUUAACUCAUGCACAAUCUGUUUCAAUUCUUAAGGAGCAACGCUCAGAAGUACUUAUUGAAAUCGAAAUUGAAAAUCAACAUAAUCUUAAUGGUGGAUGCGACUCUGACAAAGCGGAGUCGAAGGUCCGACACGAGGCUGGCGAAAAUGAAUUGCGAAACGAUAAUAGAGGUCUAGGCUCUGUAGUGACAGUAUUACUCGAGAAGGCAGGGGGUGGAGCAGGUCUCGGCUUUGGCUUAGACGGAGGUCGAGACUCACCCCGCGGUGAUCAACCCCUCACCAUUAAAAAACUUUUUGCAGGCGGUGCAGCAGCACAAAAUGGUCGUGUUCUAGUCGGUGCAGAACUUCUGUCUGCUGGAGGGCAAUCGAUGGAAGGUUUUACACGUACACAAGCCUGGGCGGCUCUAAAGGCUUUACCUGCUGGCCCUGUUACCCUUGUACUUAAAAAUCCUAAAGGCAAUUUGAAUAUGUGA